AUGACUCUGCAAGGCACAGAUUCUGGGAAGGAGGAAUGGCUGAAUGGGAAAGGGUAUCGAAUCCAGGAGAAGGUCCGUGGGUCCGUCGGAGCGUACCGUACAGCUCGCGAUCCGGUGCGCAUUUCUUCCCAGAAGCGCGCCAUGCGUCAGUUUUUUCUGGAACAUCGCAUUCCGCCUCUUCUCUACCAAAUCGUCCUCAGCAGCUUCCAGCUUCUAAUUGAAACCAACUUCACACUGCCACGCUCACUGGCUUUGGACCCGCCGUGGUUGCUGCCGGUGGCCACGGUUGUUGCUGCCUUCACAGAGAGAGCUGCCAGGCGCCGGCAGCAGCAACCGCAGGCGACAGACUCUCUUCAUAUCACCGUCUUCUAUCCCUCUUCUUCCCCACAGAGGUUUGCUUCCAUCACACACUACGUGGAGACGCUGGUGGUGGCCGACGAGGAGAUGGCGCGUUUCCACGGGGCGGGCCUGAAGCGCUACCUGCUCACCGUCAUGGGCGCCGCCGCCAAGUUCUUCCGCCACCCCAGCCUGAAGAACCCCGUCAAUCUGGUCGUGACCAGGCUGGUGGUGAUCGGGCAGGCCAAGGAUGGGCUGGAGGUGACCUCCAACGCUGCCGAGACGCUGAGGAACUUCUGCAAGUGGCAGAAGGGCCUCAACAGGCCCGACGACCAGGACCCUGAGCACUUUGACACGGCGAUCCUCUUCACCAGAGAGGACCUCUGCGGACGUGAUAGCUGCGGCACUCUGGGCAUGGCCGACGUUGGGACGGUAUGUGACCCGGGGCGCAGCUGUUCCAUCGUGGAGGACGACGGGCUCCAGUCUGCCUUCACUGCGGCGCAUGAACUUGGCCACGUCUUCAACAUGCUCCAUGACAACGACAAACACUGCAAAGACCUAAACAAGAGAACCAGCUCCAGCCACAUGAUGGCUUCUGUCAUGACCCCCGUGGACCCCGACGAGAUGUGGUCACCAUGCAGUGCCCGAUUCAUCACCGACUUCUUGGACAAUGGACACGGCCACUGUCUUCGAGACAAGCCACACGAACCCCUGCGCCUACCGGCAUCCUUUCCGGGCAGCGAGUACGACGCAGACCAGCAAUGCCAACUGAGCUUCGGGGCCGACUCGCGGCACUGCCCCAACCUGCAGCCGUCCUGUGCCUCACUGUGGUGCACGGGGCGGAUCAACGGGCAGUUCAUGUGCCAGACCAAAAACUUCCCCUGGGCGGACGGCACUCCUUGUGGCGAGGAGAAGAGCUGCAUGAAGGGUCAAUGCAUCAGCAAGACGGAGCUAAAGGCCUACAGCAUUCCCACCCACGGUGGCUGGGGGCCCUGGGGCUCAUGGGGAGAAUGCUCACGCACCUGCGGAGGAGGAGUACAAUAUUCCUCUCGGGAGUGUGACAAGCCGGUCCCACGCAACGGCGGGAGGUACUGCGAGGGAAAGCGCACGCAGUUCCGCUCCUGCAAUGUCCAAGAUUGCCCUGAAGGCAGCGCCUUGGUCUUCCGAGAACAGCAGUGUGCUGUUUACAACCACCGAGAGGACAUGUUCAAAGGCUAUCCUGCGCCCAUGGACUGGGUACCCCGCUACAGCGGCGUGGCUGAACGUGACCAAUGCAAACUCACCUGCCAGUCCUACGCCUUGGGCUACUACUAUGUCCUAGAACCGCGGGUGGCUGACGGAACGCCCUGCUCCCCCGAAUCCACUUCAGUCUGCGUUCAGGGACGCUGCGUACACGCGGGCUGUGAUCGCGUCAUCGGGUCGAAGAAGAAGUUUGACAAAUGCAUGGUGUGCGGAGGAGACAACUCGCAUUGUACCAAGACCUACGGCUCCUUCACAAAGCCUAGAUACGGUUACAAUGACGUGGUUACCAUCCCGGCGGGGGCCACCAACAUCCUGAUCCGCCAGAAUAGCGGCUCGGACUCUGCCAAUGAUGGAGUCUACUUAGCCCUACGCCGGCAGGACGGCUCGUACGUCCUCAACGGCAAGUAUAUCCUCGUGCCUUCUGAACAGGACAUUCACCUUCAGAAGGGAGUAACCCUUCGCUACAACGGGGCCACCAAAGCCACAGAGGUUAUCAUGGGCCGCGGGCCUCUGAAAGAGACUCUCGUUUUGCAAGCCUUGGUGGUGACAGAACAGAGGGCCCCCCGCCUCAAGUACACCUUCUUCGUCCCCAAACGCCCAAAGAAUUCAUUGAACCCGUGGCUGAAGCAGAAGGCCCGCAUCUUAGAGGUCCUGAGGAACCGCCGAGGCCGUAAAUAGAGCCGUGAGGUAAUUCUGGGCAGGCCUUGUGGGUUGUUCCUGGCCCUUCUAGACAACUAGGUGGUAAUUUUCGAAGGGAAGAAGGGCCCUGAGGAAGAUUGUAUGUUGCUGCCCUUCCAAAGAUGACAAACUGCGCCACAUCAGCACAAGGGAUCCCAACUAGUAUCAGUGGCCGGCCUUUGGUUUUGUUUUAUGCGGUUAACUAACAGGUACCACGUCGGUCCCUAUUUGGCAGCUGCCCUUCCGGAACUUUCCGCAGUUUGCCAGACUUUUGUUUCGGAGGCCCCACGUGGUUGCGCCCGGACGCUCGGCAACACAGGACGCAAACCACGCGAUCACAGGGGAAGCCACUCAGAGGCCUAAAGGGGACACUGCUCAACGUGGACAGUGUUGGUUUGCCAGGCCUGCCUGUUUCCUCCCUGGGGGAAUGAGAGGAUUGUGGGGGUGGAAGAAAGGGAGGAAAAGGAGGAGGAGAAGUCUCCCUUUCUCUCGUGCCUGGCUUGGCAAGAACGGUCAGCUUGUGGACACAGGAACGGAGCGAGGCCGAAGCGAGUGGGCACCACUGCUGGAAGAAACUUUUGAGACUUUCAAGAGCCUCGCUCCACGAUCGGUUGCGGCUGCGCCGUUGGCUCGAACUGAUCCCUGACCGCGCCUCUACUGUAUUUAUUAUCCAAUUUAUUUAUUGGCCACUCUGGAUAUGCAGAGCAUUAAUUUUAGCGAGGCUGGGCUUCUUUUCUUUCUUUCAAACACACAGGCAGCGACGUUCCUUCCCCCCUCACCACAUCUUGGCGAGUCCAGGCUGCCCAUUUUCCGGGACAGCCGGGAAAUGCACUGGAGAGAGUCUACCUCAGCCUCUGUGUGCCGCCGCCUCCCUCUUCACGAAGUAGCUCUUCCCUCAGGCCUUUAAGGACCGCGGCUUCCAGAACGGCCCAGCCAAGCCUCUCUGGCAUUUUGGCACUUGUGCAUUAUUUUUGCGGCUGUGCUGAGGCACCGAAGAAAUUACAGGCCUUGGCUUGAGCGUGGCCCGUUCGCAGGCCUCACCCUGCACAAAUUGACCUCUGAGUGAGGGAAGGGACUAGGUGUCUCUCUGCGGCCUGCGAUCCCAAACUGUGCGCUGAGGAAUUCCUCCUUUUUUGCUCAGAGAAUUUUAUUCUUGGGCUGGUUCCAAAUAAGUCAGGCAGAGUCAAAAACCCUAAUGUGACGGCUGGAAACUGCUCUCCACAGAGGGAGCGGGAGAGUAAACCUGAAAUUUGGAAGGAGAGGGCCAUUAAAUUAACCCCUUUGGGGCUGAAAAAGACAAUAAAAGGCGGGAGGAGGAGAGAGAGAGAGACGGGAGAGCUCUUUUCAGUUUACAGCUGUAAAAUAGGAGCGAAGUUUAGUCUGGGAGCAAUGGGAGAGGGCAGUGGGUCUACAGCUACCCCUGCCUCCGAGGAGAGAAAGCAUUUUGUAGUGUGAGGCAGACAUUUUGGGGCCUGGCGUUGGGUACUUUUGUUCUGGCCAUUAUGUUUUUGAAACCCACCAUCCUAUUGAGGACACAGGACAGCCAUGUGGUUUGCUCCUCCUCCUCUUUAAACUCACAACGACCCUGUGAAGUAGGGCAGGCUGGGAGCAACCACACCUUUGGUCACCAAAUCUGCAUCUUGGCUGAUGAGGGGAUUUGAAUGCCGACUAUUUCAGGGAGCCCUAAAAAGAGGCGAGCGCUGCUCACGUAUCCCUGACACUCCUGGAUCAAAUACCCUCCCACCCCAACCACGAUCCUUUGGGACCAGUCCCUCUUUGCCCCCGUCCUGUUACGCCGAGCGAAAUUCCAAGCAUUGCUUACAUUUCCUCUUCUGAGCAUUGGCACAUUGUACGUUCUACUCUCCAGGCUACUGAGUAGUCAGAGCAAAACACUGUCUGAGGGAGGGGAAAGGAACAGCGGUGCGGGGAAGGAAUGGAGCACGGUGCAACACCUGCUCCGGCUGCCCCCCCCACAACCCCCCUUGCUCCCUACUUCUUAGCUGGCAGGAGCCUGCUGCAGGUCGCCCUUUGGUCUGCCCCCACCAAGCUGCUCUUUCAUUCGGCGGAACCUCUGCUGGCCAAAAGAGCAGCCUGGCUAGACCACCACUGGGUGCCCCUCAGCUGCACCCCACCAGGUUGCUCCUUCAGCCGACAAGA